UCUCGCAUAGAGAAGUGAUCGUGUGAUUUGUGAGCUGUGAUCUGUUGUGAUCUGUUGUGUUGCUUGUGCCUAGCAAGAUGCAAAUCCAAAGUGUUGCUUUGGUUUGUGCGUGUUUAGUGCUUGCCUCAGUGAGUGCUGCUCCACGUGUACAACGGUCAGCGAAUGAAGCUGCAUCGAGCUACUUCUACUUCAGCCGUUCACCAGGACAUUCGCUCGAGCUUGGCACACCGUUCGAUGGGUUAUCGGUGAUCCCAACGCUGCCGGAACUGAAAUCUUUCCCCUCGGUGCACAUCCAUCACGACGAAGGGGAUGAUCAUCACGGAAAAGCUUUGCUAGAGAGCAGUGACGAGGAUGGAGAUGAGGAUGAUCAUGCAGCGUAUCGGGUGGUAGAGCACGGCCACGAAGAGGAAGGUGGCUCAGCGUACGAUGAGGAUCAUCACGCAAAGAAGGGUGACAAGUCGGAGAAAGGAUACGACAAGAAGCACGCGCUAGAACACGGCAGCAAGGGAUCGUAUGGAAAGGAGGAUCACAAGCAACACUACGCGCACGGUGGGGAUCGCAAGCAUGCGCAUCACGAUGAAGCCUCCCACUACAACGACCAUCACGCGGAGGCAAAGCGUACCAAGGGUGGCAAGCACCACGAGAAAAAGCACCACAAGAAGGGUUCGAAAACGACGGGCUAUCACAACGUGUAUCACAAGGAUGAGUACAAGAAGGAGCACAUCUUCUACGAUACGAGCGAUCACAGCGGGCAGUUUAAGAAGUACGGUUCGUCGCACGAGCAACACUCCAAUGAGGCCGGACAGCACGCGAAGGGUGGCCACGAGGAUCACGCUCACCGGGAAAUUGCACACAAGAAGGCGGGCAGCAAGGAGCACGGUUCGUACGAUAAGCAUCAUGGGGAGUUCGCGAACGGGCAGGGACAGGAGGAGCAUCAUCAUGACGUUUCCAGCUACGACCGCAAGCACGGCCACAGCGGGCUGGGCGAACGGGGCUACAAGAUUAUUCACCCUUAGCGCCAUUACGCGAUGCGAUGAAAUAAAAAAGGGCCCAAAAUUGCAUUUGCGUUAAGCAAAACGGUAAGCACGGGGUGAGGUGGGUGUGCAUUUUGCGUAAUAAAUUAUU